AUGUCUGCUGCACACCAUCUGGCUCAGCAUCCAGAGAAGUUCCAAGUCACGCUGGUUGACUCGGUAAAUUACUGCGGCGGCCAGGCCUUCGCGGUGCCCAUCGACAAGAAUAAGCAUGGCGCCUCCUGGUUCAACCAAGGCGUGCAAGGUGGCAGCAACAUCUUCCACCACACCAUGACCAUGUUUGCCCGUCAAGGCUAUCAUGCCGAUCCAGUCAAGCUCCAGGUCUCAUUUGGUAAAGACGAGAUGUUCUGGAACAAUGUCUUUCCUACCGAAUUGUUGGCCAAGCACCAGAAGGAGAUCAGGCGAUUCGCUACCGUUCUGAAGAUUGCUCGCUGGUUCGAGAUCUUCUUUGCGCUCAUGCCGUUGAAGCUUAUGUUGAAGCUGUUCUUCUUCUCGGACGAUUUCAUCAACUUCAUUGCUCUGCCCAUGACUGCUCUGUUUCUCGGCACUGGAAAUGCUACCCCAGAAACACCCAGUAUCAUGUUGGAGAGGUUAUGCACGAGUCCGACGUACGGCAUGUGGUAUCCGGCGGACAAGCAGUCUGUGGCCAGCAAUUUACCACCCAUGGUCGUGUUUCCCAAUUUCAGUGACUUCUACGAGACAUGGCGGAAGAGUUUGGUGAAGAAUGGAGUCCACGUCAGACUAUCCACCGAGAUGACUUCAGUAGUCAAGCGCGACAAAGAUGGCGUUGUCGUCUCUUUCAUCAAGAGAACCCCAGUUGAGAGUAACCAUAACCCCGUCAGUGGAGACAUCGACUCCCCCGACAACCAUAACCCUGCAAAUCUCCCUGGCGAAGAAUGGGAGGAAGAAUACGACGAGCUCAUUCUCUGCGUGCUAGCCGACACAGCGAACCGGCUCCUCUCCCGCAGCUCCACCUUCCGCGAGCGCAAAGUCCUCGGCUCCGCCAAAUUCUCCGACGACAUCACCAUCACCCACACCGACACGGCCUACAUGAGGAAACACUACGAAAACUUCUACAGCCCGGAGCGCGCCGUGACCAGCCUCUCCAUGGUCGACCAAUCCACGCGCAACACCUACGGCCAGACGAACUACAAACCGAUGUACUACAUCAAAGAGUACCCGACCGACCCGUCCAAGCUCGAGAUGUGCUUCGACUGCUCCAACUACCAGUCCCAAUUCCCGCACAAGGUCCCCUUCGAGAACCACGUCUUCCAGACCAUCUUCCUCAACAAGGCGCGCGACUCGCACCUUUGGUCCAUCGACGAGAUCGACAAGGCCAAGAUCAUCCGCGAGGACUGGUGGCACCAGCUCUGCCACUCCUUCACCCACUACAUCUUCGUCGUCCCCUGGCUCUGGCUGCUCCAGGGCCGCAACCACACCCGUUUCGCCGCCGCCUGGACCCUCGUCAACGCCCACGAGGUCGCCGUCAUCUCCGGCAUUGCCGCCGCGGUUAACCUCGGCGCGACUUACCCCGAGGAUCUGGAGAGGGAUAAAUUCGCACUCCUCAGUUUCCGCCUGUAUUACCUGUUGAUCUAUGGGAAGUGGUAUUCGAAGAAGGCGAAGGACAGGAAUGGUGUGGGUAAGGAGUGGGCGAGUGGUCUGUAUGGGAGUUGGUAUAUGGGUCCUGGGCGGGCGGAGGAGGAGAAGACGAUUUGGAGGGAGGAGGUCGAGGCGGGGAGGUCGACGGAAAACUGGGAUUGA